ACUACAACCAUGCACAUUAUAGAACAUGCUUUGAUAACUUUUAAUUUCUUGAUUACUUGAACUUGGAUGUAUUCUAGGUAAUUCGUAUGGAUAUUUAGACUUAGAUGUAAAUUUGUAGAGUGUAUAUCCAAAACAAUUGUGGAUUAAAAAGGAGACUUAAAAUCAAGUAUGAAAGUUUGUGCUAAGUAAAAUUGCAUUAUGCAUCAGUGAAAAUAAGGAACUUAACAAGGUUAAUUUUCUAAGAUCUGGUUUAGCGUGGACUGCAGAUGUCUAACCUAAACGUACGUACACCGAGGUAUGGGCAAAUAGAAGAUGUAGGCAGAUACAGUAAUAAAUACAUUAAGUACAAUGCUCAAGGCGAACCUGUGGCUAGAAGUGUCAAGGGAUACUUAAAUGUUGGAUUUAAUUAUGAAGUGAAAUAUUGUACAAGAAAAGAAUGGGGAGCCGUGCCUCCAAGACCAAGUUCAGGAUACCUGUGCAAGCCCGCUUCCCACGUUAGGUUGACCACAACACGCAGUAACUACUGCGCUGAUAGAGUCGGCUGUGCAGGAACUCUGCAGAAGUUGCAGUCCUACCAUAUGAACAAUGGGCUGUGUGACAUACCUUACAAUUUCCUCAUAGGUGGAGACUACACAGUUUAUGAAGGGCGCGGUUUUCUCUGGAACCCACUUCUCAAAGAAGAGUAUGGGGAACUGGACGGGAAGGUUUUGGAUAUCGCAAUGAUUGGGACAUUUCAAGAAAUUAGCCCCUCUCCCUACAUGAUGACACUGGCUUUGGAUUUGAUAAAUGCUUUUGUGAAAAAGAAAGAUUUAAUUCCCACAUUCCAAUUAAUAUCCUUCCCUGAAACAAGACAAACGCCACUGGACAUAACGUGA